AUGUUGGGCAAAUCGAAGGGUGUGGUAGACGACGUCUUCAAAUUGCUGAACCUGAACACUGUGUUAGAUGAUCUUCUUUCCCAUGCAAACUGGGAUGCCUGGGUAAAAUACGUGGAGGAUUCAAUUCCACAAAACCACCGCAAAGAUGUGUUGUUGGAGACGUUGUUGAAGCACUACGAUGAUCAACAUACUUUGAGUAUGCUUACCAAAGCGAUGGAGGAUCCGAGUACAACGGAAAUCGCAACCGCGUUAGAGUCGCAUUUGAGCCAAGCGAUUAAGAAUCAGGUAAACAUCUGGAAGGAUAAACGCCUGGGUCCUGGCGACGUCUUGAAAGCGUUCCCCGCCGGUGAAUAUGCUUCCUUGGAUGACAUCGUGGGGAGCAACUUCUUGAACUCUUGGGUCAGAUACGUAGAUAACGUCGCCCCGGACGCAGACAAGGUAUCUGAGAUCUUGACCCCUUUAAUAAGUCGCUUUGGCACGGAUGGGGUGAUGAACGCGAUUGCAUCUAGUUCGGCCGCGCAAUCUAAAUCCCUUGAGGACCUACUAUUCAAAAAUUGGCUGGGAGGUCCGAGAGUGCAGUCUAGAACCGUGGAGAUUGUUAAGAGAUUCGUGAGAUCGGCAUUCGGCAACAAUGUUCCCAAACGAGUUGACGAUAUCGUGGCAAGAUACGCUGUCAGAUACGAAAAAGAGGGCAAAACAGCUAACGACAUUUUGCGUAAUAUCGAAGCCACCAUAGCGAGGACUGCGACGUUGUAAACCAAACUCGACACCGAAAGGAGCUAUAGGCACGCGAAGAACUGCAGUAACCUUUUACCUUUUCCAUUA